AUGAAUGUCAACAUAGCAGUCAGACGAUGUUUCUCAACUGUAAAAUGUACCACAGUAACGCGACACGUGAUAAAAAAGACACAUGUGAGAAGCUGUUCAGUUAACAUUUCCGACAAUAAAAGGGACGAGUGGCUGGAGAGAUACCAAGUAGAAAAAGAGAAGGCAUACGAUGUCACCGGAAGCAGGCUAGUUAAUCCUAAAGCCAUAUUUGCCAAUAAUGAGACAGGACUGGAUAGCAUUGAUGUCUAUGGAUUUGAUUAUGACUACACAUUGGCCUCCUAUACUCCAGCUCUCCAUCAACUCAUCUACGAUCUGGGUCGUGAGAGUCUUGUCAACAAAUACAGGUAUCCAGAUUCCAUCAUGAACAUAAAAUAUGUGAAAGAUUUCUCUAUUCGUGGACUUCACUAUGAUAUACAAAGAGGCCUAAUGAUGAAGCUUGAUUCCUUCCACAACAUACAGCUUGGUACAGUGUUCAGGGGUCUACAGCAGGUGCCAGACAGUGAGGUGAAAGCUUACUACAAUGGCACACAUGUUGCUCUUAAAGACAUGAAUACAUUCUAUGGAACUGGCCCCAUGCACCAGCUUGUUGACCUGUUCGCUGUUCCAGAGAUGACACUGCUAGCGGAUGUUACCGAGUUUUUUAUGCAGAAGGAAAUCCCAUAUGAUCCUGAAUAUGUGUUUUAUGAUGUGAGGUCAGCAGUCCAGGGAGUACACAUGUCAGGAAUUUUGCAUGCAAAAAUUAUGGAAGAUUUAGCAAAGUACCUGGAGAGGGGACCAGAGAUCAGCCAGGUCCUUCACCGUCUCAUCGACUCCAACAAGAAGUUAUUCCUUAUAACCAAUAGUGGAUUUCCUUUUGUGUAA